UCCCAAAUGUUUUCCCUCCAGCAAAUGCUACGCGAUCUUUUCAGCUAUUUCAGUGUGCAGCAGCGUCUGGUGCUCUGCUGCUUCAGCCUGCUGGCCAUCAUCAAUGCGUACACGAUGCGAUUAUGCUUGGACCUCUCCCUGAAGCGCAUUGUCCUGGAAGGUUGUGCUCGUCCACCUCCUCCGCAGCAUGCAGCUGCCAAGAUCCACAAUUGGCUCACAGAACUGUCUGCCCGAUUGAAUCAGACGGAGAACAUGUUAAGAGAAAGACUUCGGGCUGGAAGGGAGCAUCUUUACCACCCCACCAAGAGGCCUCUGCCUGCAAUCAAGCAGCCCCUUAAGCUGCCUUCCCGAGAGUCGGUAUCUCGCGAGCGGAUAAGCUGCUCUGAGCUGUGGUCGCGACAGACACAAACCCUGGUCACUGUGGCCUUCUAUGCCGGCUACAUGCUCACCCACAUCCCAGGCGGCCGCCUGUCGGAGCGUUGUGGCGGCAAGUGGAUCCUUGGAGCUGCCAUAAUCUUCUCGGCCAUUCUCACGCUGCUAACGCCGCUGGCUGUGCGCCAUGGUGGUCCGUAUGCCCUGAUGGCUGUCCGACUAGGCAUUGGACUCUGCGAGGGUCCCACCUUUCCGGCAGUGUCUGCCAUGCUGGCCCAGUGGGUGCCGCAGGAAGAGCGCGGACUUCUAGCCAGUGGCGUGCUGAGUGGAGGAGAGAUUGGCAUCACUUUGGUGCAGCUGCUCAGUGGUUUGGUGAUGGCCGAGGAGGAUUGGCCGGUGGGCUUCUAUGUGGUUGGUGGUGGGGCAGUUGCCUGGUUCCUAGGAUUUAUCCUCAUCUGCCAUAGCAAACCCGACAACUGUCCGUACAUACAGAGCGAGGAGCGGGACUACAUCAAGAGCCAUGUGAGUGCCACACUGCUGGUAGCAGCCGACAAUGCGGAAGGGCAACAACCACCGAAAGCGCCCUGGAGGAGCAUGCUGAUGAGUACGCCGUUGUGGGCCUUGGUUUCCGCCUCCAUGCAGCACGAUUGGAGUCAGCAGCAGUUCGGCCAGGAGUUGCAGGAAGUGCUGGAAGAACUCAGAGCCAAGGGCAGCACUCUGUGGGAUGAACUGGAGGCCAGCAUAAUGGUAACAGCUCCGUAUAUCGGCAAUUGGCUGGCGUCCCUCAGCACGGGCACCCUGAGCGACUAUCUCAUAGCGGAGCAGCUGCUCAGUCGCACAGAGACGCGUCGCUUCAUGUCCUGGCUGGUGUUUGUGUGCGGCUCCAUGUAUAUGGUACACCUGAAAUCGGAUGGUGCUCGCAUCUGGCGUGUCCUGGCUGUGGGCGCUUACUAUGCGGGCAUCAAGUUGCUGCCUCUGGACAUGAGUCCCAAUUACGCUGGCACCCUGAUGGGCAUCUCAAAUGGCAUGGGUGCGCUGCCCGGCCUGCUGCUGCCCUACCUCCAAGAGUUCGAGGCUGACCACGCCAUUGUGGGCAGCGUGCGUUCCGCUCUCUGGCUCAUUUGUUCCGCUUACAUAUCCGCCGAAGUGCAGUCCUACAAUCAACCUCAGGGCUAAGGCAACAAAGUCGCCACGUUACAGCUUGUACUUAAUUUAAUCUUACGUUUAAGCGUAGGCCAUGUGUUCAGAUUCCUAAGGCAAACAAAGAUUUUACAUGAAAUCAAAUCUAGACGCU